AUGGUUGGAAUAGAAAAGGCCCAGUACAGUUUUGAUGCUGUUAAGGGUGACAAACCACCUGUUUUGUGCCCCAGUCCCAAAAAUUGUGAAUUGGAAGGCCAUACUUGUAAAGAUUCGACAGUAGAGACGUGCGAAGAUGGCGAGUUCGACACCAGUUUUGAAUGUGAUGGAUAUUGGGCGAUACAAUGCUGUGUGUCAAACCGGCCCCCUACACAACCCCCGGUGCCAUCCACAACUGAGCCCACCACUCUUCCUGUAGUCUCACAGUCAGCAGGGUCUACGCUAUCACCUACGAACACCACACAACCAUUAUAUGGAGAUUGUGGUCGACGACAGGUAGAAAGCAGUCAGAUAACCAAUGGGAGAGAAGCAACACCACAUAGCUGGCCAUGGCAAGCUUCUCUACGUACGGCCAAUGGUGCUACACACAACUGUGGAGCUGUACUUAUUUCAGAUCGAUGGGUCCUAACCGCCGCACAUUGCAUCAACUCCAUAUAUGACAAUGUAGCUACAUACCGUGUGGUUCUUGGUACCCACUAUCAAUUUGACUACAAUGCAAACGAGUAUUCUGCUCAUCUUGAGCAAAUGAUUCCACACCAUCUCUAUGAUCAAGAGGGCCCAGGGUUUCCUUAUGAUAUAGCGCUGUUAAAACUUGAUCUACCGGUUCCGUUCAACCGAUAUAUACAGCCAGUAUGUCUUCCCCUAGAAGGCGAGGAGUUCACAACUCAAGAUGAAUGCUUCCUAACUGGUUGGGGGGAUACAAGAGGUACAGGGGAUGAGAAUGUUCUGAAUGAAGUUCAGAUAGAACCCGUAGCCAAUGCUGACUGUGCAGCCAUGUGGGCAAGAUACCCUAACCCCGGUCCAUGGAUAUAUGACUUCCAUAUUUGUGCAGGAGAUGGCAUUAGGGGUUCGUGUUCCGGAGACUCCGGUGGACCAAUGGUUUGUAGGCGUGGGUCUCAGUGGAUAUUAGCCGGUGUAUCUUCAUGGGCCAUGCGAGGAUGUGACACCCCUGGCUUUCCAAGUGUGUACUCUAGGAUCACCAGCUUCCUUGCUUGGAUCAAUGAGAACACAAACGUUUAAAGCUAGCGAGGCGGUCGUCUUUUUAGGCACAAAU